UCCGCUUCCCUCGGUCCAAUCCCUUCGGCUUCUGCUUCGGCUUCGCCUGCGCGGCCCGGGCCCUAACCUGCUCGAACCCAUUAUGCCGUAGAGGCCGGCCGGGGCUCUUUAAGGCCCUCGCCGCGCCUGCGCCCUGGGCUUUUCUGAAGCGGCCCGACCAGAGCCGGGCGGAGCUGGCGGGCGCGGGGCUGCGCGGGGUUCUCCCGAGUACGACGGAGGGUCGCGGGCAGCUCCGGGUUCUCGAGCAGGCGGCGUGUGGGGGAACGCGGCCGCCGAGGCCGAGCCGGGCCGAGGCGCUGGGAGGCGGCGGCGGCACGGCCGCCGGCUGGAUGGGAAGUUCAUGUUGACGGCGGAGUCCACCCCAGGUUUCCAAGGUUACAUAAACAGUAAGAACUCCCGAGGAGAACAGUCUAGCCUGCUGCCUGGAAGAGACUCAGACCUGCCUGAAGGAGAGAUUUUCUGACCUGUUGAGCUCUCUGCUUAGUGUACUGAACUCCAGGGUUCCUGCUCUUGGUGAUGUGGCGACAGACAAGGUGGCAGAAAAGCUGAGCUCUACUCUCUCAUGGGUGAAGAACACGGUGUCGCACACAGUCAGUCAGAUGGCCAGUCAGGUGGCAAGUCCAUCUGUUUCACCACACACCACAUCCUCGUCUACCACACUGUCUACACCAACACAGUCACCAUCCUCCCCAUCAAAGCUGAGUCCAGACGACUUACAACUCCUGGCUAAGCUGGAGGAACAAAACAGAUUAAUAGAGACAGACAGUAAGUCUUUAAGAUCAGUGAAUGGUUCAAGAAGAAACAGCGGUUCCUCUCUUGUAUCAAGUUCAUCAGCCUCCAGCAACCUCAGCCACCUGGAGGAAGACUCUUGGAUUCUUUGGGGAAGAAUUGUGAAUGAAUGGGAUGAUGUACGCAAGAAGAAAGAAAAGCAAGUGAAGGAGCUUGUUCGUAAAGGGAUACCCCACCACUUCAGAGCAAUAGUUUGGCAACUUCUGUGUAAUGCACAGAGUAUGACAAUUAAGGACCAGUAUUCAGAACUCCUGAAAAUGACCUCACCUUGUGAAAAACUGAUCCGAAGGGACAUUGCUAGAACAUACCCAGAACACAACUUUUUUAAGGAAAAAGAUAGCCUUGGGCAAGAGGUGUUGUUUAAUGUAAUGAAGGCAUACUCCUUAGUGGAUCGUGAGGUUGGUUACUGUCAGGGCAGUGCUUUCAUAGUUGGAUUGUUGCUUAUGCAGAUGCCAGAAGAAGAAGCUUUUUGUGUAUUUGUUAAAUUAAUGCAAGACUACAGACUUCGUGAACUAUUCAAGCCAAGCAUGGCAGAAUUGGGCCUAUGUAUGUACCAGUUUGAAUGCAUGAUACAGGAGUGUCUUCCUGAGCUCUUUGUACAUUUUCAAUCUCAGAGUUUCCAUACAUCAAUGUACGCAUCAUCCUGGUUCCUGACUAUCUUUCUUACAACUUUCCCACUACCAGUUGCAACAAGGAUAUUUGACAUCUUUAUGUCUGAGGGUUUGGAAAUAGUGUUUCGAGUAGGAUUAGCGCUUCUUCAGAUGAAUCAGGCAGAAUUAAUGCAACUUGAUAUGGAAGGAAUGUUACAGCACUUUCAGAAGGUCAUUCCACAUCAGUUUGAUGGUGGCCCAGAAAAAUUAAUCCAGUCAGCUUACCAAGUCAAAUACAACUCAAAAAAAAUGAAAAAACUUGAAAAAGAAUACACUACAAUAAAAACUAAAGAAAUGGAAGAGCAAGGUGAAAUUAAAAGGCUACGCACAGAAAAUAGGCUUUUAAAGCAGCGCAUUGAAACAUUAGAAAAAGAAAGUGCUUCCUUGGCAGAUAGAUUGAUACAGGGACAAGUGACCAGAGCCCAGGAGGCUGAGGAAAACUACCUCAUAAAACGGGAGUUGGCCACCAUCAAACAACAGACUGAUGCGGCCAGGGCUAAGCUGGAGCAGGCGGAAAGCACCAUCAGGGAGCUCCGGCACCACCGCCACUGGCAUAAAUGCAGUUCCACGUACAACGAAGAUUUUGUGCUGCAGCUGGAGAAGGAAUUGGUUCAAGCCAGACUGAGUGAAGCGGAAUCUCAGUGUGCACUGAAGGAGAUGCAGGAUAAAGUGCUGGAUAUAGAGAAGAAGAACAACUCAUUUCCUGAUGAGAAUAAUAUUGCAAGGCUUCAGGAGGAACUCAUUGCUGUGAAGCUGAGGGAAGCUGAAGCCAUUAUGGGUUUGAAAGAACUUCGGCAGCAAGUCAGAGACUUAGAAGAGCACUGGCAGCGUCACUUAGCUCGGACUUCUGGAAGAUGGAAAGACCCACCCAAGAAAAAUGCUGUGAAUGAGUUACAGGAUGAGCUAAUGAGCAUUCGCCUUAGAGAAGCGGAAACACAGGCAGAAAUAAGAGAGAUGAAGCAAAGGAUGAUGGAGAUGGAGACACAGAACCAGAUCAACAGUAACCAACUUCGAAGAGCAGAGCAAGAGGUAACCAGUCUGCAGGAGAAGGUGUGCUCCCUGUCUGUGAAGAACAAGGGGUUGCUUGACCAGUUAAGUGAGGCAAAGCGCAGACAGGCAGAGAUUGAAUGCAAGAACAAGGAAGAAGUCAUGGCUGUGAGACUCCGGGAAGCUGAUAGCAUAGCUGCUGUGGCUGAGCUACAACAGCAUAUUGCUGAGCUCGAAAUCCAGAAGGAAGAGGGCAUGCUCCAAGGACAGCUUAACAGGUCUGACUCUAACCAGUACAUUAGGGAGCUGAAGGACCAGAUAGCCGAGCUGACUCAUGAGCUCAGAUGCCUAAAAGGCCAGCGGGACUUCUCCAGCCGACCGCCUUUUGAUGGAAUCCACAUUGUCAGCCAUCUAAUAGGAGACGAUGAAUUGUUCCACUCAUCGGAUGAAGAUUUUAUAGAUAGUUCCUUACAGGAAAGUGCCAUCGGUUUUCCUUUGCACAGAAAAUCUGGCCCAAUGUCUCUAAAUCGCACUUUAGCAGAUGGUAGUGAGAGCGAAGCAGAAGACAGCGUGCUGGGAACUCCGGAGCGUGGCCCUGAGGUUCCACAGAAGCAGCUCCCUCAGACACAGAGAGAGUCCUACUCAACUACUGUGUGACCGUCACAAUGACAGUUGGAGUCUUACCUGAGAGCCGGGGCCACCCCUGCCCUGUACACAUAUGUCUGUUUACAGUCUUACCUGACUGUCUUUGCCAAAUGCUCACUGAAUUUCCAUUGCCAUAGCAGACUGAAGGAUGCUAAUUGGUAAAUGGGGUUCUAACAGUAUUACCGAAUAUAAUUUUUCCUAUUUAGAAAAUACUGCUAUGUCUAAAUGUGAGAACUGUUUAAAAAUUGAGGACUGUGGGAAGUUCGAUUCUUUUUAAACAGAACUGCUCUCGUGCAAUAUUUUGUGCUCACCGAACAAACUGUACAUUAGUGUUUAUUAAUUUGUUUCCAAGUCAGCUGCCUGUGGACAUCUGACCAGAACAGAUGUGAUUUAACCUGUGCUUGAGGAUAUCUCUGUCUUCACUAAAAUUCAGUUCUGUUGCCAUUGGAGACUGUCAGACAAACACCUUUCCUUUGUAUAAUUUCUAAACACAAAGUAAUUGUCUGUUCUGAAAAUUUUUUGUUUUAGUUUCUAAGUUUUAUGUGUACUAUACUUCUAUGUGUUAGAAUAGUCACAGGUUAACUACAGGUAUAUUAUUUGUACAUAUUUAUAAAUCUGUCACCCAGCAUCCUCUUACAUGAGUAGCAAGCAUUGACAAGAACUGCCUUCAGCAUUCUAACAGGACUUCUGUAAAUAACAGGUUAAAAUAAAACUAAAUACAGAUCAGACACUACUGGCUUAGCAGCUGUAGUAACUUGCUAGCAGAUUCAUAACCGAUUGCUGUUCAAACACUACUGGUGAAGUCCUUUACUUCAUCUCUAACUAAUAAACUUUUCAUGAUUAAAGAGGUUUAGCACAUGCUACUUCUGCUAAUCUAGUUAAUAUAAUUUAGCACUAGAAUAAGGUCCAAGAUGCACAGCAAAUAUAUCUGAAAAAAUGUUGUGAAUAUUGUAUUUAAAUUCUUUAGUUUUUAACCGACAGGUAAAGCCAUAAGAACCCUUUACUCUUAGUUGGUUCCAUGUGUUCAGACUUGUUCUCUAGAAACCCGGAUGCCUGUUAGUUGUGAAUUGAGAAAGGACACUCAGCCUGUGGAGAGGCUGCAGGCAGGUGCUGACUGGAUGCCUCCGCACUCUUUUGUGUUAGCAGAUGAGGAAAAGAAGGGCCACAGUGGAAAAUAGAGUUUAGUACAUUUAUGGAGGUAUACUCUUACACAGAACGUUGUAUACAUAAAGAAAAAUGUUGUAUGAUAUGGAGUAAAAAAACCAAGUAGUUUUCAUUCUAAGACUGUGUGAUGCCUUAUGCUGCAUUGUGGGCAAGGCUUUCCCAGCAAGACUGCUAGCUACUCUCUUGCUUGACAGACAAGAUUGGAAACAUGCCUUCUGUGUCCAGAGCACCCACUAAAUUCUCAUAUUUAAUUUACCCAUGAUCACAAGCUAGUUAUUUGAGGUAUUAAUUAAAAUCUCUCUCUAGGCUUUUCACAAGGCCUAGCUAAUGAGUUUUUCAGUUCCCUGCUCUCUGCCAAUAAAAUAAGUUUUAUUUAAAUCUGUUUCCUGAGAAUCUUCUGUAGAGAUGGGCAUUCACGAGCAUCAGAGUCAAGUCUCUGGGUGAGAGUAGAUCCUGCUCUGAUACUGGACAGUACUGCCAGGGUCUAGUCCUUUAGGGUUCUCCUGUGUGGUUCUGUACUGCUAGUCCAAGAGGUUGUCAAUAGCCCAGCGAAGUGACAUGACUUGUAGCCCUGUUGUUUAUCUAGAUCCCACAUCAGGAAACCUGAAUGGGGCUGGCAUACAGCUCACAAGUUAGAGUGCUUACCUGAAAUGUCCACAGCCCCGUGUCCAACCCCAGCACCACCACAAACCAAGCAAGCUCAGAGAACUUCCUAAUACUCUUUCUGGUUUGAAGUAGGUGUAAAAUAACCUCGGUAAUUAAACUUUAAUUCCUUGAUACUCUUGUGAUUUGUACAGUGGAACACUAGAAACAACAUCUACUUGAGGUCUUGAGUCAUGUCAGGUGCGGUGGGCAUCCUACAUCUGCUACUCUGGAAGCUAAGGCAGGAAGAUUGCUUGAGUAUAAGACCAGCCUGGGUAACAGGAAGAUUUUGUCUCAAAAAUAUUUUUUUUAAUUUACAUAUACCUGAGAAAGAUGUAAAAUCUUUCUGGCCAUCAGGGUCCUGUAGGAUACUAUGCCCUGAAUGUUAAGUAUCUGUUUAGGACUUUGAGGUGUUGGACUGUGGUCUAAUGAUGAAUUUUACUUCAUCUGAUAUUUUUGUGUCUUUCAAAUGGUAUCUGCUUACACCCUAAGACUUGAAGGAUGUUCUAGGGAGAAAAUGGGUAGAUGACAGAUGACAGAAAACCUUGCUCUCUUGGGAUAGUGUCUUUCCUGCUCUGCCCUAGGGGACAUACUAAAGGAAAGGCAGCAAGCCCAGACUUUAGGAUUCAGAAAGCAGUUCAACAAACUUUUUUUUUUCAGUACUGGGGAUGGAACCCAGGGCCUUACACAGUGGGUAAGCUCUCUACCACUGUGCCACACCCAGUCUGAGGCCAAAGAUAUUGUUUUAUCAACUUCUACCCUGGUUUCUUGUUUGAAUUUUUUGUUUUGGUUUGUUUUUAUUUUGUUUGGCCAGUUAGCGGCCAGUCUCAGCCUUUGCUGGUUGAUGGAAACAUAUUCCAGCUAACUGGCCGUUUAUGUUGAGAACAAGAGAAAAAGCCGUUUCCAGCCCUGAGUACAAUGCAGCUCGUGAAUUUCCAGACAGUGCCUUUGAUUGAAAAUAAUGUCUACUGCUUUUGAAGCAUAUUAUUCCCGGCAUCAUAAGAAGUCAUUUGGUUCCAUAUUCACCAUUUGCAUAAUGAACUGUAAUAUUCAAUUUUUAAAAGUUACAGAUAUUAAUUAUGUUUUGGUAAGCUUUUCAUGUCCAGUAUGGUUAUUGCACAAUACCAAGACAUCGAUGGCCAACAUUUGUAGAAUCAGUAACUUACUAAAGCAAUGAGUUUUAGCUUGAAAGUUAUUGCUGCUCUAGAUUAGCAACAAUUUUUAAUUAACUUCUUAGUAAUUCUGAAAUUAAUUAAAAUUUAUUAUUGACAAUAGGGAAGAUGCUAUUUAAAAUCCAAUUUAACAUUCCAUCUGUGGAUCUACAUACCUCUUCCCUCCAGGGAAGAGAUGACACACGGUAAUAUAUUGAACAUGCAAAGUUUCAAAUGUAUCUCAUUGUACUGUUGGGUUUUCUUAAUUGUAACACUGUAUAACCUAAAAUGUUUACUUGUGCCUUUGCUUUAAAUAAUUAAAGUUUCUCAUUUUACAAGA